GGAAGGAGAAGGAGAAGGAGAAGGAGAAGGAGAAGAUGAUGAUGCCAAUGAUGAUGGGAGGGAACUGGGCUGGAUUGGGGUCGAUGGUUGCCGGAAUCAUGUUCUUAUCGGCAAUUUUUCAGCAGUACUUCCCUCAAUACCUCCGGGAUCUGAUACAGGAAUACGCGUUCCAGUUGAUGAAAUUGGUGAACCCAUACAUGCAUAUCAGCUUCCACGAACAGAGUGGAGGGCGUUUCAGCCGUAACGAAGCUUACACAGCCAUUGAAGGAUACCUCAGUACCCAUUCCUCAAAACAGGCAAAACGCCUCAAGGCCGACAUCACCACCAACUCCUCCAAACUCGUGCUUAACCUAGACAACCAUGAGGAAAUCACCGACCAUUUCAACGGCGUCAAGCUCCGUUGGUCCAGCCAUAUCAACACCGUCACUAACCGCCACGAUUACUCCGAAGAGAAGCGCUCUUUCAAUCUCUCCUUCCAUAAGAACCACCGUGAACUCGUCAUCAACAAAUACCUGAAUCACGUGAUCGAGCAAGGCAAGGCUGUGGUGGUGAGCAACCGCCAGCGCAGGCUCUACACUAACAACACCGAUCAAGACUGGGACGGUCCCUGGACCUAUGUCGCUUUCCAACACAGAGCCACGUUCCGAAAUCUGGCCAUGGAUCCGAGGAAGAAGAAGCAGAUCGAAGACGACCUGAACACCUUCAGUAACAGCAAGGACUACUACGCCAAGAUCGGCAAGGCUUGGAAGAGGGGUUACUUGCUAUACGGCCCUCCAGGUACCGGCAAGACCACCAUGAUCGCCGCCAUGGCUAAUCUAUUGAAUUUCGAUAUCUACGAUCUUGAACUUACCGCCGUCAAGAACAACACGGAGCUUCGGAAGCUUCUGAUCGAAACCUCUGGUAAGUCCAUCAUCGUCAUCGAGGACAUCGAUUGUUCCCUUGAUCUAACUGGCAAGAGGAAGAAAAAGGGAAAAGACAAGAAAGAUGAAGACGACGACGGCGGUGACACCGAUCGGAGCGGCCAAAAGGGUAAGGAAGAGAGUAAUAAGACAAGCAGCAGUAGCAGCAAAGUCACUCUGUCUGGACUUCUCAACUUCAUAGACGGGCUCUGGUCUUCCUGCGGCGAAGAACGGAUCAUCGUUUUCACCACAAACCAUGUAACGAAACUGGAUCCAGCUCUGAUAAGGAGUGGUCGCAUGGACAUGCACAUUGAGAUGUCCUACUGUUGCUUCGAAUCUUUUAAGGUUCUGGCCAAGAAUUACUUGGACCUUGAUUCACACCCUUUGUUCGACACGAUUCGUGGAAUGCUGGAAGAAACCCAGAUGAGUCCUGCGGAUGUUGCAGAGAAUUUGAUGCCUAAGACCAUCAAGGGAGAUGCUAAUACUUCCCUGAAUAACCUAAUUCGAGCUCUUGAGGUAGCCCGAGAUAAAAAGGGGGAAUUAGCAGCCUCGGCCAAAAAGCUAAAAGAGGUAGAGGAGGACAAAUCUGUGUUUCGGUGGUACCGCCGGUCUUCUUCCAAAAAGAAAGGCAAAGCAGUCAACCAAUCACUACCCGGAAAUGAAAAAUAGUGGAGACUCGACGCCGAGGGCG